AUAUAUUAGACAAAAAAAAAAAAGAGAGAGAGAGCAAUAAGGGAAGAGAGGAAAAGGGAAGGAGAAGCACUGUGGAAUCGAAAACAUAUUUGCUGAAUUCAUUCCUCAACCCAGGCGUCUUCUCUAACCAACCAAUCGUCUCCUUUCGAAAGAGACAGAGAGUGUUAUGGAGGCAAAGCGAGAAAUCCUAAUUCCGUAGAGAGAAACUGAGAGAAGAAAACACGAUGAACUGUGGGAGAGUGUUGAAGUCCGUACAAGCCUUGGUGGCUCACACCUUUCUCUUCUCUUUCACGCUCGCUUUGGUCCUCAAGCUCAACCAUACCCUUACUUACUCCUGGUGGGUUGUGUGUCUACCUCUAUGGGCUUUCCAUGCUGUUGUUGCACGGGGAAGAUUCUCGCUUCCUGCUCCAAUUGCCCCUCGAAACCGUCAUUGGGCUCCAUGUCAUGCUAUUGUAGCAACACCAUUGCUUAUAGCUUUCGAAUUGCUCCUCUGUGUAUACCUCGAGACAGCAUAUGCUCGAACGCCGCCAGCUGUGAGCUUGAAGAUUGUUUUUCUCCCUUUAUUGGCGUUUGAAGUAAUAAUACUGGUGGACAAUGCUAGAAUGUGCCGGGCACUGAUGCCUGGAGAUGAAGAGAGCGUGAAUGAUGAAGCAAUAUGGGAAGCUCUUCCUCAUUUCUGGGUUGCGAUUUCCAUGGUGUUCUUUCUGGCUGCUACAGUCUUUACCCUCCUAAAGCUGUCUGGUGACGUAGCUGCUCUUGGCUGGUGGGAUUUAUUCAUUAAUUUUGGAAUUGCAGAGUGCUUUGCUUUUCUUGUUUGCACAAAAUGGUCUAAUCCAGUAAUUCAUAGAAGCUCACAUGACACAGAAACCGGGUCAUCUUCUACCACUAUUAGAUAUCUUGACUGGAACAGUGGCCUUGGGGUUUUUUCAGAAGACGAUAGGCACCAAGAUACAACAUGUGGCCUGCAAGACAUUGGUGGUCAUAUAAUGAAAAUUCCCCUCCUUGUAUUUCAAGUGGUACUUUGCAUGCAUUUAGAGGGGACUCCUAAAGCUGCUAAGAAUAUACCUGUCCCUGUCCUGUUUUCUCCACUUUUCCUAUUGCAAGGCGUUGGUGUUCUAUUUGCUGUUUCUAAAUUAAUAGAGAAGGUUGUUCUUUUGCUGCGCGAGGAAGAUGAUUCAGGAUUGUAUUUUAGAUUUUCAUCCAGAGUCCAUGACUGCUUGGGUUUUUUGCACCAUGGAUCGAGGCUACUAGGUUGGUGGUCAAUUGAUGAAGGAAGCAGGGAGGAGCAAGCUCGAUUAUACUUUGAUCAGGAUUCUGGUUACAAUACCUUCUGUGGUCAUCCUCCUGAAAUAGUCAAGAAAAUGCCGAAGAAGGAGCUUGCCGAGGAGGUGUGGAGACUUCAAGCAGCACUUGGGGAACAAACAGAAAUCACAAAAUUCAGUCAGCAGGAAUAUGAGAGACUACAAAAUGAAAAAGUGCUGUGUAGGGUUUGUUUUGAAAGAGAAAUCAGUGUCGUACUGCUUCCAUGUAGACACCGUGUUCUCUGCAGAAACUGCUCAGACAAGUGUAAAAAAUGUCCCUUCUGCCGUAUAACCAUCGAAGAGCGGCUCCCCGUAUAUGAUGUUUAACAUCUAACUUGACCCUCUUCGAUAUCAGUGAUUUAAGUGUAUAUAUGUGUGUGUGUGUAGACUGUAGAGAGAGGAUAUGAUGAUUAAAACUCCUUAUAUUACCAUCUCUACAUUGCUGAGUCUUUUUAUUAGUGUGAAUCAGCAUUGAGGAUAGGUCAAACAGAAGUCUAUUAGAUAAGAUCGUAUGCCUCAUGUUUAGGCUUUUUGUAACUAUUAACACCUCUGACAUACUUCAGGGAGAUAUUGUUUGUAUAAUAUAAGUGUUCUUGUUUUCAUGUA